UGGCAGGAGCUGUCCUCCUUUCUUUCUUCCCCUCUCUCAUAGCUCCAUUACACCAUCCCCAAUUUCUCGCUUGCUUGUUGCCUACACAUUUCCCAUCUCUCUCUCUCUCUCUCUCUCUCUCUCUCUCUCUCUCUCUUCCCGUUUCCCCAACAGAGAGCCAACACCUUCCUUGCUCUCUCAGUUUCUCUAUGCUGCUUAAGAACUCAAAUUUUUGAGUGUUUUUCUAAUUGAAUUCAAGAACCCAGAAGGAGUAGGAGAAGAGAGGGAAACAUGAGUGCUUCGAGGUUCAUCAAGUGCGUCACCGUUGGUGAUGGUGCUGUUGGCAAGACGUGCAUGCUUAUCUCCUACACCAGCAACACUUUCCCUACUGAUUAUGUGCCCACAGUGUUCGACAAUUUCAGUGCAAAUGUGGUUGUUGAUGGGAGCACAGUCAAUCUAGGGUUGUGGGAUACAGCUGGCCAGGAGGAUUAUAAUAGAUUAAGACCUUUGAGUUAUCGUGGGGCAGAUGUUUUUCUGCUUGCUUUCUCUCUCAUUAGCAAGGCCAGUUAUGAAAAUGUUGCAAAGAAGUGGAUUCCUGAAUUGAGGCAUUAUGCACCUGGAGUACCAAUUAUUCUUGUUGGGACCAAGCUUGAUCUCCAAGAUGAUAAGCAAUUCUUUAUAGAUCACCCUGGUGCAACACCCAUUACCACUGCUCAGGGGGAGGAACUAAGAAAGCUAAUUGGGGCUCCUGUUUACAUUGAAUGCAGUUCUAAAACUCAGCAGAAUGUGAAAGCUGUCUUUGAUGCAGCCAUUAAAGUGGUUCUCCAGCCACCAAAACAGAGGAGGAGAAAGAGAAGAAAGGCUCAAAAGGCCUGCUCCAUAUUAUGAUUGAGAAAAGCUGUGGAAGGAAAACAUGACAUUUAGGCAUCAAUCCCGUUAGUCUUUACGUUUUCUCAUCUUCAGUAAACGGCAGGAUUUGUUCUUUAUAUCUACUAACAUAACUAGGAAGCACUUAUAAUCAAGUUGCAAAUUUGUCACGUUCUGGGUUGCAUUUUGAUUUGUAUAUGAAUGAUUAUGUAUGUUAGCAUGCACACCCUUCUGUUUCUUUAGGUCAUUCUGCAUGUUAUUGACUGACGUGGGGAUAAGUUCUCUGAUAUAUUCAUCUGUUUCCUCUUGUAUUAUGUAUGAUCUGUAUUUGAGUUGGUGCAUCUGAAAAAUCUUAAUAUGAUUAUGCUUUUUGUUAGAUUA